AUGGCACGAACAGCGAGCGUGGCCGAGGGGCAGGCUGGAGUCGACGUCGAUAUCCGAGCCGAUGGCGACGUGACGGACGAGACGCUGCGCACCAUUGUCUGUCGAGGCAUUGAGCUCAAUGUGGAGGAGCUUGGGGCUGCCUUGGAGCAGAUGCGCAAAGACAUGACGGAAACAUUGGACAAGCACCUCUUGUUGGUCUCAGGCCUGCGGACGAAGUACGAGAACGAAAAUGAGCGGCUGCGAUUGAAGGAGGAUCGGACCAACAGGGUCAAGAACUGGUGGGUGGGCCAUGGCAGUCCAGCCGAGAACGCGCUGUUCGAUCACAUUGGCCAGACCCCGAGUCUGCGGCAAGAGUUUAUCCGAACGGAGCAUGGGUCCAGUGGCGAGCUGACCUUUCGAGAGGACAGGACGACCGGCGCCCUGGGCAGCCUGAUCCACACUCAAGCUCAACACUCUGGGGACACGGCCCAGCGGGCCUAUGCGCGCACAGCCAGUGACCAUGUGCAAACCAAAAUGUCGUCGCGACUGAUGCAUCAAGUGGCCUCGCAAAAGUGGCAUGCUUUGUUUGGACUAGAUCGCAAGCGCAGCAUAGCCGAGUUGACCGCUAACCAAGAAGCAUUGGAAGCUCGCUAUCCCAUCAGCUGGAACCCGGUGACUGACCUCUCGCCCGAGGCAAACGGGCGUAUCAUCAUGAACACGAGGGCCGAACAUGACGUACCCUACAUGACCCAGCUGGCCAAGCAGGCGACCAUCUCCUGGGGCCACAGUUUCAACAGCCAAGAACAGUUGGACCUGGCUGCGGCCAUUGACCAGCACCGGCCGGAAGAUGGAUGGCUGAUUGUUGUUGCACCGACAGGCAUGGGUAAAACAUUUUGUACCCUGCCCAAGCUGGGCUGUCGCCCGCAUGCCGGUACGGUGCUGUGGAUUGUGCCGUUUGUGGCCGUGGCCAACGAUUUAUUGCGGCGAUUUCAAGGCGCAGGUCACAGUGCCCAGCGAUGGCUUGGUCCCUCUACACAAAUGGCAGAUGGCCUGGACGUGCUCAUCGUUACGACCGACAUGUUUGUCCGCGUGGGAUCUGAAUCGCUACACGGGAAGGUCUGCUUUCAGCGCAUCCGCACCGUGGUGAUGGACGAGGCGCACACGCUCAUCUCAGAUGCCAGCUACCGAGAUGUGAUGAACGAAGUCGCAGCCAGUGUGGGCUCUGGCGGAUGGACCAACAUCAAACGCGUGGCGUUGACGGGCACACUUUGCAUCGGGGACCAGGAGCAUCUGUUUCGAAAGCUGGGUCAGCAAGUCGGGGGCAAG